UGGUAGUGAUGCUGCUAAAGAUGAGGAGUGGCGUUGUAGAACGUUACUGAGGACCAGAAGAAAACUUGCUGUGGAGAAGGACCUUUUGAAGGUUUUAUUUCCUUGGAAGGGCUAUCUCUGGAAUUCUACUCCUAGAUCUUUAUUGAGGAUUCUAAAGGAAUAAAUUAGGACCAUGGGGACAGAAAAGGUUACUGCCCCUCUGGUCUUCGCCAUCAUCAUUGCCACCAUCGGCUCUUUCCAGUUUGGCUACAACACUGGAGUCAUCAAUGCUCCUGAGGCGAUCAUAAAGGACUUUCUCAAUUAUACUUUGGAAGAGAACAUGGAAAAUCGUCCCUCUGAGGUGUUGCUCACAUCUCUCUGGUCCUUGGCUGUGGCUGUCUUCUCCGUUGGUGGUAUGAUUGGCUCCUUUUCUGUUGGACUCUUUGUCAACCGCUUUGGCAGGCGCAAUUCGAUGCUUAUUGUCAACCUAUUGGCUAUUGGUGGUGGCUGCCUUAUGGGGUUCUGUAAAAUAGCUGAGUCAGUUGAAAUGCUGAUCAUAGGCCGCUUGGUUAUUGGCCUCUUCUGUGGGCUCUGCACCGGCUUUGUGCCCAUGUACAUUGGAGAGAUCUCUCCUACUGCCCUACGGGGCGCCUUUGGCACCCUCAAUCAGCUGGGCAUUGUCAUCGGGAUUCUGGUGGCCCAGAUCUUUGGUCUGGAAGCCAUCUUGGGGUCUGAAGAGCUGUGGCCUGUGCUGUUAGGUUUCACCAUCAUUCCAGCUGUCCUGCAGAGUAUAGCCCUUCCAUUUUGCCCUGAGAGUCCUAGAUUUUUGCUCAUUAACAGAAAGGAAGAGGAGAAUGCCAAGCAGGUCCUCCAGCGGUUGUGGGGCAUUCAGGAUGUGAACCAGGACAUCCAGGAGAUGAAAGAUGAGAGUGUUAGGAUGGCACAAGAAAAGAAAGUCACUGUGCUGGAGCUCUUUAGAGCACCCAACUACCGACAACCCAUCAUCAUUUCCAUCAUGCUCCAACUCUCUCAGCAGCUCUCUGGAAUCAAUGCUGUGUUCUAUUACUCUACAGGAAUCUUCAAAGAUGCAGGUGUUGAGGAGCCAAUCUAUGCCACUAUCGGUGCUGGUGUGGUCAACACUAUCUUCACUGUGGUUUCUCUGUUUCUGGUGGAAAAGGCAGGAAGGAGGACUCUACACAUGCUAGGCCUUGGCGGGAUGGCUGUUUGUUCCGUCCUCAUGACUGUUUCUAUGUUACUAAAGAAUGAAUAUUCUUGGAUGAGCUUUGUCUGUAUUGGGGCCAUCAUGGUCUUUGUGGCCUUCUUUGAAAUUGGCCCGGGGCCCAUCCCCUGGUUUAUUGUGGCUGAACUUUUCAGCCAGGGCCCCCGCCCAGCUGCAGUGGCAGUGGCUGGUUGUUCCAACUGGACCUCCAACUUUUUGGUGGGACUGCUCUUCCCCUCAGCUGCAAACUAUUUAGGAGCCUACGUUUUUAUCAUCUUCACUGCCUUCCUCAUUAUCUUCUUGGUCUUCACCUUCUUCAAAGUCCCUGAGACCCGUGGCAGGACUUUUGAGGAUAUUACACGGGCCUUUGAAGGGCAGGUGCAGGAGACCAACAGAGCCGGGAAAGGGCCUGUCGUGGAGAUGAACAGCAUCCAGCCUGUGAAGGAGACCACCACGAAUGUCUAAGUCAUGCCUCCUUGCCACCUCCCUCCCAACAUGGAAAAGCAACCUCUCCCUGCAGGAGGGAGAGACCUCAUCAGGAUGUAACCCAGGACUGUUUCCGAAUGCUGCUACUUGAUUCCUUUCUCAUCCCACACACUCUAAGAGCAUGCAGAUGAACCCAAUGCUGGGGUUAGUCGUAUCUUCAAUGGCUUUUUAAGCAUUUCAUUCCUUGAACGUUCUCUUCUGUUUAGGAGAGACCAGGUAAACCUACCUUCAUUUCAGGGGGGACUGGCCUCUUGGCAUAGGACAACUUUGCCAGUUCUUUCUCCCUUAGAUUCUAAUGUUGCCUAACAAGGGCAUAUAGGGGAAUAAGAAUGAGGGUGUAGUUCCCCAACCUCAGACUUACCAGGAAGCAGAUAUACUUGAGUGUGGAGGGCAGAGGAGGAUUAAAUAAGAGAUCACCUUCCUUGCUUCCAUACUGCUCUGCAGAGCAAAUUAACUUGAGUUUAUUUAUUUUAUCUUCUGGUUUUAUUGCAUAAAUAUUUAUUUUUUUAAGUGUAAUUUUACCAAAAUAAUGGAAAACAUAAGGAAAUUGAGGUAGAGGGAGGUGUUUAAAGAGAGGCUAUAGGGUUGGCAAUAAGAAGGGAAGAAUUUAGGGGAGAAAUAGUGUAAAGUGUUAUUGAAGGGAAUGUUAAGUGGUGCCUAAAGUUUGCACAUUGCCUCUUAACAAUUUCUGUCCUUCAGAUGGAAAUUCUCGAGCUUAAUUUCUCAGAAAAGUCAUGUGCCUGUAUUAAAAAGCUACUGGUAUCCUUUGGAACAUUUUUCUCUAAGAUUAUAGUUUAUAUGUAGUAUUACUUGAAAUCUAGGACUGUUACUAUGAUGAGCAUUCUAGUUAAUGGCGGUUAAUGGAUUCUAAUUUUGCGUGGAGUUGAGAAGGGAAGAUAAUUUCCAGCAAUCCUCUCUCCCCUCACUGGAACAAAUAGCUACUUCCCUUUAUAGUGGACUGAUGUUCAGUAUUUCUCUGUUUUGUUUUUUAAGAAAUUUUAGGUGUUGGUUUUUGUUUUGUUUUAACCUAUAGCCUUUUUAAAGGAACUCAGAGGAGAAUAUAUUCAUAGCUAACGUGAAAUUUGUAAACUCAACUCUGGGAGAAGAUUUUUUCUGAAUGAUUAUUAACUCGUUGAAGUUUGUUGUUUUAGGUUCAUGGCAUGCUUGUUUAUGUCUGUCUUAUCACCUUAGGGGACUUGAAUCUUUCCAGUAGACCACAUUUGAGAUACUAUGAGUAUACGUGCAGUGUAGCCCACACUUGAGAGAGUAUGAAUGUAUGUGCACUGUCACUUUCCUCUGGGUGGAAGUAGUUUAUUGGUAAUUUGUUUCCUCUGUGUUUCUACCACUCCCUUUUGGAUAGGAUGUAUUUAAAUCUCAUCCCUGUGUAUAUAAAUAACUGUCUCUGCUGGGUAGAAUUUGCAUCUUAGGUUUUCUCCUGAACUGUAGAAUUCAGUCUCAUCUGACCUUGUUUGGAGAAUAGGGAAGAACUUCCUAAAUCUUGUGGUUGAGGAUGGAGGGCUCAGCCUCACUUUGGGCUCAGACAAUGGGAGUGGGAAAGAAAGUGGGACAUGAGGGCCUCCACCCGGCUGGGGCCCCCGAAGGACAGUGGUGAGGAGAAGGAGGCGUUCUUGUAAGGGGGUGGAAACAAACUGAAGACUCGCUUCUACCCUGGGGAGUUUCAGAGGUUUAGAUGAGAUGCAGGGAUUUACUCUUGCCACAAGGUCCUGAACACCUCCACAAUUGUCUAGUUUCUCAGCAUUUUUUAAUAAAUGGAGAUGGAACCCUGAUGACACCUCUUCUUGCCUUUUAUCAUAUAUUGCUUUAUCUCCCUUUCCCUCCUUGGUGCUUAACUGUUCGGACCCUUCAGCCAAACUCUCCUGCCUGUGACAGUAUUUUACUUUGCAGUUCUCAUCAUUCCUUCUAGUCAUUGAGUCUUUGGAGAAAACCCACACAUCUCUGGAGUAGGGCUUUGUUGGAAGAGGUGCCUUCCUUCUACUCUAAUUGCACCUCAACUACUGGCCCUCAAAAACAAUGGGUUGGCAGUAAUUUGGUAUGGAGGUUUUUCCAUUUCUCAGUGACCAGGUUGUAAAUAUUUACAGGUGAAUUUUUUAUUACUAAUGUUAUUGUGGUUCUUUGUUUUGAAAUAAAAAUUCUGAAUGUACAUAUGAUAUCACAGACUCCUUAUUUCUUUUGUCCUUCCUGUAACACAAAAAUCAGCUGUAAAUCCUGGCUGGCCACUCAUUACCUGUUGUAACCUGGAGCAGGUUUCAUACAGUCUCAUUUCAUACUCAGGAAAAUUGAAAUACCUGCUUAACUAUGUGGAUUAAAUAAAAAGUUAAAGCCUUA